AUGAGACGAGCGCUCUUCCCCGUGAGGCUUCUCUUCCUCCUUUUGAGCAUCAAGCCUAAGGGACACAACACCCUUCGUAGAGGUUCCUUAAAGGUGUUUCUUCCAUCGAGGGGGGAAAGCGGCUCGCCAAAUUUUCGUACUACUAGAAGCAACCACGUGGGUUGUGCCUCCUCCGUGAUAUUAACACCCUUGGAAAGGACCCCCCGAAGAGCAUCUUUCCUGUUUGGGAGCAAAGAGGAGAGAAACAGUCGAUGCAUGCGUUUGAGCAGAGCAUUUAGCAGAAGAGACAUCUCCAGAUUAUUCAGUGUAAUAAGAAGAGGCAGUCUUUUGAGUAGCAGCUUGACUUAUAUUGCUCCUCUGGGUGUAAGUGGCAAGAAUCGCUUGGAAGUUCCGAACGGGGCAUCGAAAGAGGAAAAAAGCACAUUAGAAAGAGGAGUAAAAAUGAGUGAAUGGAGUGGGGACCAGGUGGAGAAACGGCACGAGGGGGAGUCCGGUUUGAACGGAGUGGUAAAUGGACAUCAUGGGUUGGUCAGCGGGGGUAAGGUGCACACCUUGUCUACGCGCCCAACGUUGUCCUCAGAGGAAGUCCGAGGUAGAUUCAUCAACUAUUUUAAGGAAAAGAACCACACGGUGAUGGAAAGCGCAUCAGUUAUUCCAUACAACGAUAGCACAUUAUUAUUUACAAACGCUGGGAUGAAUCAGUUUAAGAAAAUAUUUCUAGGACAGGUGGAUAAAAAUAGCGACUUGGGAAAGUUGAAAAGAGCAGUGGAUACGCAGAAGUGUAUAAGAGCAGGAGGGAAGCACAACGACUUGGAUGACGUAGGGAAGGACGUAUACCAUCACACCUUUUUCGAAAUGUUAGGAAAUUGGAGUUUUGGUGAUUAUUUUAAAGAGGAAAGUAUCGACUAUGCAUGGGAUCUUCUAACGAAUGUGUAUAAAAUAGACCCGGACAGAUUAUAUGUGACCUAUUUUGGAGGCGAUGAAAAAUUGCCUAGCUGUCCUGAAGAUUUGGAGACGAAAAAAAUAUGGUUAAAAUAUGUGGAUGAAAGUCGUAUUUUACCAUUUGGUAUGAAGGAGAAUUUCUGGGAAAUGGCAGAAACAGGUCCAUGUGGUCCUUGUUCGGAAAUCCAUUACGAUCGAAUUGGCAAUAGGGAUGCUAGUUCUUUGGUCAAUAUGGACGACCCAAGCGUUUUGGAAAUAUGGAAUAUCGUCUUCAUGCAGUAUAAUAAGGAUGAGAAGAAAAAUAUGAACAAACUGCCUUUCCCAUGUAUCGAUACGGGGAUGGGUUUAGAAAGAAUAACGUCCAUUUUGCAAAAUGUUGAAAGUAAUUACGACACGGAUUUGUUCAUGCCAAUUUUUAAGCAGAUAAAGGAAAUAUUCAAUCACCUACCAGAAUAUGGAGGUAAAGUGAAUGAAGAAGACGUAGAUCGAAUUGACUAUGCUUACCGAGUUGUUAGUGACCAUAUACGAUGCGUAACAAUAGCUAUUAGUGAUGGCUGCCUGCCUGGAAAUGAAGGAAGAAAUUAUGUUAUAAGGAGAAUUAUCAGAAGGGCUAUCAGAGUAGGUAAACAGAUAUUCCAAGUAGGGAGCAACGUCCUGUGGUUUUACAAAUUGGUAGAUUCUGUUUGUCACAUUUUGAAAAAGUGCUUUACAGAUUUGAAGGAUGAAAAUAGGGUGAACUAUAUUAAGAGUGUCAUUAAGCAGGAAGAAAUGGUUUUCAACAAGACGUUAGAAAAAGGAGUAGAUCAAUUUAAUAAAAUUAUAAAAAAGAGCAACACCACAGGGGGGGAUAAGCUCUUCAGUGGGAAGGACGCCUUCGACUUGUACACUUCGUAUGGAUUCCCCAUCGAUCUGAUACAAAUAAUGUGCGAAGAAAAGAGCUUCAAAUUAAAUAUGUCCGAAUUUAAUGAGCUGUUUAGGAAGCACCAGCUGGUAUCAGAUACGAACAAUUUUAAAAUUAAUAAAUUUUUUGACCUACCAGUGGAAAAGGCCCAUGAGUUGAAGCAGAAGCAUGGUGUGCAAGCCACGGAGGAUCAGUACAAAUAUGAUUGGAAUAACGAUGAUAAGAAGAAUGACAUGAAAAAGGUUGACACAAACAUUGUGGUUAUCUACGAUGGGGAGAAUUUCAUAGACAGUAUUAAAACGCCUAAUGAGGAUAAGAAAUAUGCCCUCAUUUUGAAGAAAACCAAUUUUUACUACGAAAAUGGAGGACAGAUAUACGACACGGGGGUCAUUCAAAAUGAUCAGAUGAAAUUCCAAGUACUUAAUGUGCAAAAAAUGAACGAGUAUGUGCUCCACAUUGGUGUCCUCAAAGAGGGGAAAAUAGAAAAGAACGACUCCGUACACACGGUGGUAAAUUUUGAUAGGAGAAAAUUAAUCGCAUGCAAUCACACGUCAACGCAUUUACUCAAUUUUGUCAUAAAGAAGGUUUUAACGGAGUAUGUUGCGCAUGGGAAGGGGGAGGUGAAGAAUGGCGAUUUGGCCGAAAAGACAAAUGGGAAAGAAGAAGCUGGAGUGAACUCCAUUUUUAAUUGUGACCAGAAGGGAUCCCUAGUGGACGAUGAGAAGCUGAGAUUCGAUUUCUCCUUCUUCCAAAAUGUAAGUGACGAUUUGGUUAGCAAAAUCGAAAGCCAAGUCAACGAUUUGAUUAAACAAGGUUUAGCUGUCUCCGUUCGAACCAUGGAUCUAAAAGAGAGUAAAAAGAUUAAAGGAAUCAGAGCCAUCUUUGAGGAAGAUUAUGCAGAUGUUGUCAAUGUAGUCUUCAUAGACAACGACGUGGAUAAGAUACUGAACCACCUGGACGUGAAUUACUCCUAUUUGUGUUCCAUUGAAUUAUGUGGAGGCACCCACAUCGCCAACACGAAGUUUAUAAAAAAGUUUAUCAUAACGUCGGAGGAGAGCAUCGGGAAGGGAAUUUACCGAAUCAAUGCUGUCACGAAUAAGAAGGCGGAAGAGGUAGAAGCCAAAUUUGACAACCUGCUUGCCAAGUACAAACAUAUUUUUGAAGACCCCAAUGAAGGUAAACUAACCGACGUACAGACGUAUAAGCGGGUUCUAAAGGAAGAUAAGUUUCUGCCAUAUAUUAGGAAAAAUCAAAUAUUGAACAACUUGGAAAAAAUUGAAAAAAAUAUCAUCGAGAAGACGAAGAACAUGCAGAAGGAGUUAUUCAAUAAGGCCACCACUAUUGGAAAGGAUUACGCCUUAGAAGACAAAAGUGGCGUUCUUGUAGAUGUCAAGCUUUUUGAUGCUCUAUCUGGAAAUCAGAAGGUGCUAGAAAAAAUCGCCCAGUCGUAUUGCAAACAUAACAAGUCGUGCAGCUAUUUCUUCAUCAUUGAUGAUGAGAAGAACACCUACUGCGUUUUCGAAGUGAAGGAUUCUUUGAAGGGGACCACUAUACAGGCAGAUACUUUCAUGAAGGAGAUAAUGCAGUCGGUGGAAGGCCAUUCUGGCGGAGGUAAGAGCAAGGCUUUCGGGUCGGCAGGAAAGGGGAAGGGAGUCAUCAUAAAGGAGUUGGCACUGGAGGCGCUUAAGAAGUACCACUAG